CUGCCGUCCCUACAGUAAAGAUGCUGAAACAUGGAUAUUCCCAUCUCCCACCUACCCAGGAUAGAGAGCGAUCCUGGAGCGGACAAGCAGCACAGCUAACCUACGCCGGAUUCUCCGACUUGGUAACCAACGAGCAGGGGACGCUAGCCAUCGUCAUCGCCAUUCGCGACGCGACUCACCUCGUCGACUUCUUCACCUACCAGUUCUCCCCACUCGAGGCCUCCUCCCCUACCACGCCGUCGCGUGAGUCGACUCGGGGCCUUCUGGCCCAUCUCCACGGGUACAGCCAGAAGCAUCAGGAGAAGCUCGUCGCUGUCGGGCUCUCCGAGGACCUAGAGCGGAGAUGUCCAGGGUUGUGUUCCCUCCUCUGGCGAGACCUGGAUGCGCUACCGCUCGUGCUGAAACAUCAAGAUCAUGCACGUCGGCCGGAGGAGCCGGGCGAUCUCUGCGUCUUCACAAGCUGGGAGGAGAAGACUCCGGAUGAACAGGCGGACUCGAUGGCGAGGAAGUGCUUGAGAUCAUUUGGCGUGGGGCAUUUGAUCCACAAUCAGAUUCACGCUAAUGGGAUGGUGGACGUGGAUAAGAGCUUCUGUGUCCGCUUCGCUGCGGCAGAUGACUAUCGGCGGACGGUUAGCGAGGAGCUAUGGGGUUUAACACGAGCCCUCGCGCAGGAUCUUGUGGCGAGGAAGGUGAAGAUGGCGUUUUUCAGUAUGACAUGUCAAGGGAAACCAGAUGUACAUACUAGACACGCCUUGGUGCGGCUGUGUCAUAUCCUAGGGGUGGAUGUUAAGUGGUACGUCCCCAAGCCGCGCCCGAAUAUCCAGCAAUUGAUUCGCAAAAUGGAGGAUAUCAUGGAAGGGCUCGCGGAUCCCGCCGUGGAUUUUGAGACAGAGGACCAGCUCCAAAUCCUCGAGUUCGCCUACGAGAAUGCGCGACGGCACUGGCUGGGCGACCAUGGGCCCCUGCGCGGCCGCCACCAGGGAGGAGCCGACGUUGUUGUCAUAGACAGUGCGCCGUUGCUGACGCUGGCGCUGUUGGCGAAGCAGCAUGAUCCGGAGCGACCGGUGGUUUUCGAGAAUCGAUUGCAUGCUCCCUCUGAUGUGCUGUCGCAGCAUCCUGCACUUGCGCAGGUGAGGGCGUGGCGCUUCGUGCAAGCCAGGUUGGAGCAUGUCGAUUCGUUGAUUACGACCCUGCCGCGGGAGCUCGCGCCGGGGCUUAUGGCAGAGGAGAAGGUUGGUUAUAUACUGCCUUCUGUUGAUCAGCUCGAUGGUUUGAAUAAAGCGAUGACGGACUCCGACAUGUCGUUUUAUGGUCAGGAGCUCAAUUCCUCAUGCAGGACAUUGGGAACUCCAGGGAUCCAGUAUCCGAAAGAGCAAUAUAUCCUAAGCCUGUCCCAACUUCGUCCCGGAGACGGCACUCUCGCUCUCUUGGACGCUUACGCCACGUUUUGCAGGAGUUUUCUUCAACAACAAACCAACAACACCACCGACACCACCACCGAUAAUAACAACCAUAGUACGCAUACAUUCCCCAAACUGCUGAUCUGCCACCACGGCCCCUCGCGCAGCCCCGAGAACUCCCCGCAGUAUGAAGCUCUUCUCUCCCAUAUCCACACUCACAUGCCACCGUCUGUCGCCUCGCGCGUCUGCAUCAUCCAACUCAGCGCCCAGGACCAGAUGUGGAACACCCUGCUCUCCAACGCCCACGUGGUUGUGCAACUUGCGCUCUGCCAGGGUAUCCCCGAGGUGUUGGUCUGGGCGAUGCGCAAACACCGGCCGCUGAUCACCGUUGCUGAGGGAGGAUUAGUGUGUGCUUUCGCUGGAACAGGGGGAAUUGGAGGGACAGAAAUGCUGCGGCUUGUCGAUAGCCCCUCCGAUGUCCAUGCCGUCUCUCGCCAUUUGGAUCGUGUCUUCGCUGACCGGGAGGUGUCUCAGCGUAUGACCCAGGCCCCGAGUAGAGAAGAGUGUUUGUCUGAAGCUGCGACGACGGUGGGGAAUGCUGCCUGUUGGAUGUUUCUUGCGUCGAGGAUGUCUCGGGAUAAGGCAUUUCAGGCCCGUGGGAGGAAUGUUGCGGAGUUGGUGCGGCUGGAUGGUUUGGCGGCUGAGUAGGUGAGAGGAAUAGUUGUUAUUGGGUAGGCAGUAUGUUUUGGGGGGAAUUUUUUUGGAGCGUGGCUGAGAACUUGGUUUAUACUGUACUAACUGAAGCGUAGUCGAGG